CUCUUCCCCUUUCUUCAAGCUCUCUAUCCAUGAAGUGGAGGACAAUCCCUCUGGUUAUAUUCUGGUCAUGAAGGGAGCACCGGAGAGAAUUCUGGACAGGUGCGGCAGCAUCAUGAUCCAUGGCCAGGAGUAUCCACUUGAUGAUAGCUGGAAAGAUGCUUUCCAAAAUGCCUACAUGGAGCUGGGAGGACUGGGAGAGAGAGUGCUCGGCUUCUGCCACUUUAAUCUGCCUCCAUCCCAGUUCCCUCGAGGAUACACCUUCGACGAGGAGGACAUGAACUUCCCUACCGAGCAGCUCUGCUUCCUGGGCCUCAUCUCCAUGAUUGAUCCACCGCGUGCCGCUGUGCCUGAUGCAGUGGGUAAAUGCCGCUCCGCUGGCAUCAAGGUGAUCAUGGUAACCGGGGACCACCCAAUCACGGCCAAGGCCAUUGCUAAGGGUGUGGGCAUCAUCUCCGAGGGCAACGAGACGGUUGAGGACAUCGCUGAGAGACUGAACGUCCCUCUGAGCCAAGUUAACCCCAGGGAUGCCAAGGCUUGCGUGGUACACGGCUCGGACUUAAAGGACAUGAGUGCGGAGUACCUGGACGACCUGCUGAGGAACCACACUGAGAUAGUGUUCGCUCGUACUUCUCCUCAACAGAAGCUCAUCAUAGUGGAGGGCUGCCAGAGACAGGGGGCGAUCGUGGCUGUGACAGGCGACGGCGUGAACGACUCUCCGGCCCUGAAGAAAGCAGACAUUGGCGUUGCCAUGGGGAUCGCCGGCUCUGAUGUGUCCAAGCAGGCGGCUGACAUGAUCCUGCUGGACGACAACUUCGCCUCUAUCGUCACGGGAGUGGAGGAGGGUCGUCUGAUCUUUGACAACUUGAAGAAGUCCAUCGCAUACACACUGACCAGCAACAUCCCCGAGAUCUCGCCAUUCCUCUUCUUCAUCAUCGCCAACGUUCCUCUUCCACUGGGAACGGUCACCAUCCUCUGUAUCGACCUGGGCACUGACAUGGUUCCAGCUAUUUCAUUGGCUUAUGAGACGGCGGAGAGUGACAUCAUGAAACGCCAACCCAGGAACCCCAGGACAGACAAGCUGGUCAAUGAACGCCUCAUCAGCAUGGCCUAUGGACAAAUAGGUAUGAUCCAGGCUCUGGCUGGUUUCUUCACCUACUUUGUGAUUUUGGCUGAGAACGGCUUCCUCCCCGCGUUCCUGGUGGGCAUCCGUAUCAGUUGGGACAACCGCAAUGUUAAUGACCUGGAAGACAGCUAUGGGCAGCAGUGGACCUACGAGCAGAGGAAGAUUAUUGAAUUCACCUGCCACACCGCCUUCUUCGCCAGCAUCGUAGUUGUCCAGUGGGCCGAUCUUAUUAUCUGCAAGACCAGGAGGAACUCCCUCUUUCAGCAGGGCAUGAAGAACCGAAUCCUGAUCUUCGGCAUGUUUGUUGAGACUGCUCUGGCUGCCUUCCUCUCCUACUGCCCAGGAAUGGACAUUGCCUUGCGCAUGUACCCCAUGAAGAUCCCAUGGUGGUUCUGUGCUUUCCCAUACAGUCUUCUCAUCUUCAUUUAUGAUGAGAUCCGUAAAUUCAUUCUGAGGAGGAGCCCUGGAGGUUGGGUGGAGCUGGAGACAUAUUAUUAACAUUCAGAAAAUGUCAGUUUGAAUUGUGUGUCUGAGAGUGUGAGUGUGGGUGUAUGUGUUCAUUUGUGUUUGUGCUUGCUUGUGAGGGUAUAUCUGUGUGUGUGUGUGUGUGUGUGUGUG